AUGUCGCGAAGAACACUCAGCAUGCUCCCCCGCACUAUCGCCUCCCUCUCAACGCCCGCCAUCCGCCCAUCACUCUCACAAACCGCCUCCCCCCUUCUCAGACCCGCAGCGACACAGCCGCAACGACGAAACUACCACGAGAAGGUGCUCGACCACUACUCUAAUCCUCGCAAUGUUGGCUCGAUGAACAAGAAUGAUGGCGAUGUCGGAACAGGCCUUGUCGGCGCUCCCGCAUGCGGCGAUGUGAUGAAGCUGCAAAUCAAAGUUGAUGGCAACACCAAUACCAUCUCCGAUGUCAAAUUCAAGACCUUUGGCUGCGGCUCCGCCAUCGCCUCCUCGUCAUACCUCACCGAGCUCGUUCGCGGUAUGACACUCGAGCAAGCGUCGCGUAUCAAGAACACCGAGAUUGCCAAGGAGUUGUGCUUGCCACCUGUCAAGCUUCAUUGCUCGAUGUUGGCGGAAGAUGCCAUCAAGAGCGCGAUCAGCAAUUAUUAUACGAAGAAUCCCGAGGCCAAGAAGACGGACUUGGGAAUGGGCGGCAAGCAGAUGCCUAAGAUCGAAAUCGAGAAGGUCACGACGCAGACUGAUACCGGAGCAGAGGCAACGGCUUAG